AUGCUGUUGAGGUAUCUGAGUGCGGCCGCUCUGGCUUUGCAAUCUGCAAACGCUUUCAAGGACGCUUCGCCUUUCGUUCUCUACUCUACCAGCCAAUUGGACGCCAAAGAUGCCAACGUCAAUGUCAUUAGCGCACAGAGCCUGCAAGAGAGCGUCGAACACCGAGUAAAGGGCUGCCCAUCCGACACAUACGUUGUUGUGUCGCAGCCCGGCAUUUCCACCAACGACCUGACCAUCUCCAAAUCUACACCGCAUCUGCGCCGCCGCCUGUCAGGCAAGGACGAUAAUGUCAAGUCUAUUUUCGCCGCGAAGAACGUCGUGGGAGAUGUCGAUGGAAUGGCUCUGGUAGCUUCCAUCAACCGUCAAUGCCACACCAAGUCUACUCUGCUGCUGGAUGGCGAGGACGGAGAGAUUCCUACCGAAGCAUACGACACUAUCCACGUUAGCUUCCCUACCCUGCCUACCGCCGAGGAUGACCGUGAAUCUGCUCUGCUCCAAGCCGACUCGUACCUGAACUCGCUGCUCGCAACCCUCGACUCCUACACUGUCCUCUACGCUACUAUGCCCAACCUAUUCCCUGCUAUCAAGCCUCAGCACCCUGAACAAUAUGAGAUGGAUGAGCCAUACCCAUCAAACAUGCACACCGACCUGAAGCGUGACCUCAACGCACACAUUGUCCGCGCUAGCAAUGCUUCAAAUCCCCAAGCCGACUUGCCCUUGUUUGAGAAGUACCAGUUCCUCUCACCUGGAAUCUUCAUGGGUGGUGUUGUCAGUAUCCUUCUCUUCUCCAUCCUUUACGUUGGAAUCAGCGCCAUUGCAAACCUUGAGGUCUCGUACAUGGCCUUUAGCAAGGAAAUGGGUCCCGCCGCCCAGAAGAAGCAGCAGCAGUAG